AUGGCAGAAACAGUGUCCGUGACCGGAGACUCCGGGAGAGGACAUCUCAUCGUCUUCGAAGGACUGGACAGAUCAGGCAAGAGCACACAAUGUGCCCGGCUCAUUGACCACCUCAAAUCUCAAGGACAAAAAGUGGAAUAUAUGCGUUUCCCGAAUCGAGGCACAGUCAUUGGCCAAAUGAUAAACAACUACCUGGUGGGAACCUCGACACAAGAAGACCAUGCAAUCCACCUGCUGUUCUCCGCAAAUCGCUGGGAGGCGGCAGAAGACAUCAAAAAACAUUUGCAAGCUGGAACCACAGUCGUAGUCGAUAGAUACUACUACUCCGGCUGUGUAUACUCCGCGGCAAAGCAGAACCCUGCCAUGGAUCUCGCUUGGUGUCGGCAUCCUGAAGUUGGCUUACCACGACCGGAUUUGUGCUUGUUCCUCGAUAUCUCCGCUGAGGACGCUGCAAAGCGGGGAGGUUUCGGCAACGAGAGAUACGAGAAGCAGGAAAUGCAGGAUCGUGUGAGAAGCCUCUUUGCGGAAAUGCGAAUGCACGCCGAUGAAGCAGAAGACAUUGUUACCGUUGAUGCUGGGCAGAGUGUGGAGGAAGUCGAGAAAACUAUUCAUGAAAUUGUUGCAACUCGCCUGUCUAGACCGCCAUCGCAGCCAUUGCGAUAUAUCAACCCAUGGUGAGCGCGCAUCUAGUCUGGUCUUUCAGUUUGCUGGUACAAUCUAUCUACAGAUUGGCAGCACCCUCCAAAUCAUCGACGUUGAUCAAGUCAACACCAGCGGCCCACAACAACCUCCAAAUGGCAUCUCUGUUCGACACGGGCCAGUUUGGCUGAUCCC